AUGAUCGAUUGAUCAUAGACUUAGUUAAGAAGAAAAAAAAGUUUUGAAAAUUACGUUAUAGAGAUUGUUUUAAAGCUUAGAGUUUGGGUUUUUGUUACGAGACUCGAACCAGGGUCUCUUUACGCCUCUCUCUAUCAACCUCCCGACGCUCUUAAGAAGGAUUGGUCGGAGAGAAUGAAAUUUUCCCUCUCUGCGAGUUGCAAGCAAGCUGCGACGGAGUCGCCGUUAGUAAACUUUCAAGGCACAAACAUACUCAAUUUGAAGCCUUUUUUCCGGCGAAAAGAUAAAUUAGUGUUCGUAAUGGGAGCGACCGGCACCGGGAAAUCCCGGUUGGCAAUUGAGUUAGCCAAUCGUUUUCCAGCUGAGAUUAUAAACUCCGACAAGAUCCAAAUUUACAAAGGACUUGAAAUCCUCACCAAUAAGGUCACUGAGAAAGAAUGUUGUGGGGUCCCACAUCACCUCCUUGGAAUUGUUGAUCCAAACUCCAACUUCACUGCCACAGACUUUUGCCGCCAUGCCUCGUUGGCUAUCAACUCUAUCGUCGGAAAACACCGCCUCCCCAUUAUUGCUGGUGGCUCCAACUCCUUCAUCGAAUCUCUCGUUGACGGUGAGGCUGAGUUUCGUUACCGGUAUGACUGUUGCUUCCUAUGGGUCGAUGUAUCGUUACCGGUUCUUCACUCAUUCGUGUCAGACCGUGUCGAUCGGAUGUUGGACAAUGGGUUAGUUAACGAAGUACGGAAUUUGUUUGACCCAAAAGGGAAUGAUUACACGCGUGGGAUUCGACGCGCCAUUGGAGUGCCUGAACUCGACGCAUUUCUACGUGCCGAGAUGGAUUCGGCCACCGAUAACAAAGCCCGGUCACAGAUUCUUCAGGCGGCGAUUUUGAAAAUUAAAGAAAAUUCAAUAAAAUUGGCACUCCGACAACGACAGAAGAUUCACCACCUCCAAAGCAAAUGGGGAUGGAAUCUCCACCGUAUCGACGCCACCGAAGUCUUCUUACAGCACGGUGGUGGAGAAUAUUCCGAACAUGCUUGGGAGGCGCUCGUGGCGGAGCCGAGCUCCAUAAUCGUAGACCAAUUCCUCUGUGAAAAUAGUUGUUCCUUAGCCGCCAAAAUCCCAAUGGCGGUCGUUGCCGGCGCCACUCGGUGAAUCUUCUAAAAAGUAAACUCGUCCAGAUGAUGACACGUGGCAACGACAAGACGACUUUGAUGGAUUUUUAUCGUUAGUUUAGUAUUAUUAUUAAUAGUUAAAUAAAUUAAAUGACAGAGCAUCUGCAAGUGCGCCCUACUCUCUGUAAUUUUUCCCACGUGCAUGAUAAUUGUAUGUCCACGUGUCUUGAU